AUGGAGUGCAACAAGGAUACUGCCACCUUGAAUACUGUUGUUGAGCGGGAUAGGAUCUUUGAUUUCUUAGCAGGCCUUAAUGCUGAAUUUGACCCUAUUCGGGUGCAGAUUUUGGGUAAGGAAAAAUUUCCUGAUCUUAAUGAAGUUUUUUACACUGUUCAUAGUGGAUCGCCAUCCACAUUCUACUAUUCUUUCAAUGCUGGUGGCGUUCAUUUUAUUAUGCUUGGCGCUUACAUUAACUAUGAUAAAACAGGUGAACAAUACAGGUGGCUGGAGAGAGAUCUGGCUAAUGUUGAUAGAUGA